AUCAUUCCGAUAGAUGUCACUCUAAUGAUUUACUGAGCAACAAAAGAAAACAAAGAUAUUUUAUAAAAUAUGGAAGAAAAUCGUGAAGAAUUCAGGUAGUAUUUAAUAAAAAAUACAUGAUAAUAAUAGAAUUAUGAUAAAUCAUGUCAAUUAAACGUAGAUUAAUAUUAAAAAUUUACGUUAAACAAUAGUGUAUAUUUUUCAAAAUGAAUGUCUUGAACAGUAAGAGAAAAUCAUGUAAAAUCUUCACGGAAAGUUUAAUAAAUUUAUUACCAAAAACUGGUAAUAAGUUAUUAAAUGAUAGAGUUGAAAGAUUAUCGAAUAGGAGCUUAUGUAAAGACGAGGCAAAUUCUCCGAUUGAAAUGAAUAACUCUAAGCUAUUAUGGCAAAAUAGAGUGAAAUUUAACAAGGAUCCUUGUAAUAAAUUCAAUAUAUUUAGUAUCUUAGAACAGAAAGACAUGAAUCAAUUAGGAUUAUCCUAUGAACAUGAUGGUACAGAUCAUUAUAGCUCUACAAAGACUUACCAAAAGAAAUACGCCAAUACUUCUCUUAGACCACUGGAUUGUCUUCACAUUAGUGCAGUCUUGGAAGAUACUAUAGAUCAAUUAGCCAUUUUGGGUAAGAUAUUACCGCCCAUCGUUAACGAAGAUGGUAACGAUGAAGAAUUCGUCAAUGAAAACAUGAAAGAAAUUGUUUCUGAUCAGCAAAAAGUUGAGAAACAGUUUAAUGAUAUUGCAAAAGAGAAGGAAACUUAUAAGGGAACAGAGAAAAGCGUUAGAGAUGCGAGAGAGGAAGCUCAUAAUAAAAUUACAAAAACCGGAAAGCAACUGAAAGAUCAGAUGUUCCUCUUUGGACAAGGUCUUAGACAGAAUCCUUUAGCGCCCGACAACAUUCAAAAGGUCCAGGAGGACAGAAGUUUCUUAGAAAAAGUAUUACAGGAGACUCUAGUUGAAUUAUGCGGACCACACUCGUUUCGCGUACUUAUUGACGCAGUUGAAAAUGAAAAGAAGAAGAAAGCCAGACUUACGGAUAUCAUUUUAAGGGAAGAAGAAUCUAGAAAAAGGAUAAGAGCCUUAAACAGAAGGAUUCAAGAUGUGAAGAAAGAAAGAGAAAUAGAAAUCAACGAUAGGAAUCAGAUGAUUGCUCAUUUGAAAGAUCAACUCCAAGAAAUGAAAGCUAAGACUAGUAUGGAAGGAAAAUAUAUUCAAAAAUGCGCUGAUGUUCAAGUGGCUCAAACGCAAAAAAGAUGCAAUCUGAGCGAAAAAGAGCUAGAGGACGAGAAGGUUAUGCUAAGGACCAGAAUGGACGAAGAGGGUCGGUCUCAUACAGAGAUAUGCAACUUUCUCCAUAAACACGUUGAAGAGUUAGAAAAGAAAUUGGAAGACUGGCAAGAGAAAUAUGACACAGAUAUCGCAAAAAUGGAUCAUGAUCUAGAAGUGUUACAAACAACAAAAGCAAGAGAUUUAGAACAUUUAAAUGAGUUGACUAAGCUUUAUAAAGAAUACGAGCAAGUUGUCGUCGAAGACCGCGUACGUAAAGAGAAACUGAAGAGGAAGGAAGAACAAGAUCAAUUGGAACUUAACUCUGCAAUAAAAAUACAAUCAUGGUUUAGAGGAGUUAUGGUUCGAAAGUGUCUCGGACCAUUUAGACCUAAAAAGGGGAAGAAGGGUAAAAAGGGUAAAAAAGGAGGAAAGAAGAAGAAGAAGUAG